CGGUUGAUGUAAUGAUUUGCUGCGAAGUAAGUUAAAGGGUAGUUUCGUUACCUUGGGUCAUGAGUAAAAACCAGUUGCAGCUUUGUCACCGUUGAUACCUCCUCCAAGGUUUGACGGCGUUGCUAGAUAUUAAUUUGAGACUUCAAUUUGAUAAUUGGCAAAUUUUCACGGUUAUCUUGGGCGGAAGAGUUACCUUAAUGCAGCUGGCCAUGUGUAGAUAAAUUACAGUCAUGUAUCGAAAAGGAAGCAAAGGAGCUAUAAAAAUUGAUUUUGAAUAGGAAUUACGAAACUUAACUUUAAAGAUUAUUAUGUGGCACUUUAUUGUUUUUAAUUUUCUAGUUCACAGUGAGACCGACGAGCGGCAGGCAUUUUCCAGUAAUCCCGGCACCGUGUCAGAGGGUAAUCCAUGUGCAGAAGUGAAUAGUGGUUAUGCCAAUGCUGGACCUCAGCCUUCAGUAGAAAUUGAACAAGAGCUCGGAGAAGUUGGUGGUGAGGCAACACCUACCUAUGCUUUGGUGGACAAGUCCAAGAAGAAAGACAAAAAGAAAGAUAAGAAAGCUGCUGAAGAGAAGCCAACUGAAGAUCAGUACGCUGUCGUGGACAAGUCAAAAAAGAAGAAGAAGAAGAACGAACCGGACGCCACUUACGCUGAAGUCGACAUGUCAAAUAAAUCAAAAAAGAAGCCCAAGCCGGGUGAAGUUCUUUACGCUGAUUUGGGUGAAUUCCAUCACAUGCAGAAACUGCCAGAAGUAUCCACCUCCCCCAAAACCCUGCCUCCGAUCAAACUGCCGGAGGCUUAUGCUGAAACACAGUAUGCUGACAUCACCCAGUUUCUGAAGAGAAACCCUCACGACACAGGUGCUGAGCCUCCCAACGACAGUACCACUUCAGCUGUCAACAAUACUGCCGCUGGCAACGAAAAGGAAUCCUCUGCUGGGAACACAGGUGACAGUGCAGAGGCAACUAACGAGACGGGAUUUUAGUUUUAACUGAGUCAGGAAACGUUAGAAGAGCUGCGGUUGUGUCGUAAAAUAAUGGUAAUCGUAGCCUUAGUAGUUAAUUGUCGUGUUUCUCAGUCAUUUUUCCUCAGGCAUAAAUAUUUGUUUCAAUGUAGGAUAGAUUGUGCUUGAUGUAUUUUUAUAACACCACAAGAAUUUUAGAUAAGAAGCACGUGUACUUACGAUUUGUUUCUUUGUAAAAAAAAUCAUGUUAAAACACCGUAAUUUUUUUUUUACUCACAAUGUUAACGUUUGGUUUUUUGUCUUGGCUAAUCAUUUACUCAUACAUUUUUGUAAUUUAAGAUGUGAACGUCAAUAGUUGUUUUGCAUUUAAUCUGCUUCACAACAUAGUUUAUAAAUAGAUAAAUAAAUAGAUAAACCGGAAAGGUAGCCUUGCACACAAGUAGCUUUCUCCUCUAGAACAACCUGCAGCUCGAUUGUAGAUAUUUUUCCUUAAAUUCUUCAAGUCUAAACACUUCACUUUGUAGCGACCGUAAUGUUUAACGGGGUAUAUUUUUUAAUUCUGGUUUAGAAAAUUAUUUUAACAUAUGUAGUCGAAAAUUGGAAGGUGAGGAAGUGGUUUUUGUAUGGUACAUGUCAAUAUACGUAGAAUUUUGUUUAAAAUAGACAGUUUUUGGUAAUGUCAAUCACUAUAACGAUUAGAAAUAAGAUUUAGCUAAGCCCGGUGGGUUUGAUUGUAGGCAAGACUUCUCUAACUUUAAAUAUUGAUGACUUAGUUAUUUGUAACAUCUAAGAAACUGCAAUAAUUAUUACUUGGUUAUCGAUUGUUUCGUCAACAACCAUUUACAAAAAAGAAACAACAACGUUGUGCAGGUGGUAGAACAUGAUGCACUGUACUAAACGAGGAGGAGCUUGUUUGCUUUGCACCGGUAUACCUUCAGGGUACAGUUGGGUGGUUGAUUUUAAGCACCUUUUGUCAAGU